AGUAGAACCACAUUUCCCAGAAUGCAUCGCGCGUACUGCUGUCAUCCUCGGUUGUGAAGCGCUUGUUUUGGUUCUGCUGACUGUGACUCUCCGCCUGUCACCCUAACCGGGCUUAUAGCUGAACUGACGCGGCUGUAGAGCGUCCUCUGUCCCUGGGAACCACUGCCGCAUCGACGGCUUCACCUCCCCUGGUUAGCCGGUGAGUGUAUCGCCAUGUUAUCGUCCGUCCCCACCAGGCUCAUCCUGCGAAGGUCGCGCAGCCUGUCACCGUGCAGCCGCGUGCUCCAGACCAGCGCGAGCGGCGGCGCGUGUCAGGGCGUCCGCGAGACACCGCUGGAGUCGAACCGGAACCCGAUCGUCUCCACGUCGCGCGUGUCCAGGAGGGGGAUUUUAACCGAGGACCCCGCCGCGACCAGCGUCAACCCCACGAUGCAGUACCACCACCUCGCCCCUAGGUGGCUGUCCAGCCUGGAGAACCGCCGCAGCUCGUGGGCGGACCUGGCCAGCAGGGGGCGCAACAACAGCCGCUACUGGGAGGAGAGCGGCGGAGGUCACGGCCGGGGCUCAGGUGGAGGAGGCGGCCGGGCAGGAGCAGCCUCUGUCGGCGUGCUCUCUGCUGCAGCCGUUGCCUUCUGCCUGAAGAAAGACUCUGAUGACAAAGGUGAUACUCUUCUGGAGGCAGCGAGGACCAAUCAAUCUGAAGAAGUGACCAGGCUGUUAAAGGAAGGCGUGGACCCAAAUUGCCGCCACCGUCUCGGUUGGACCGCUCUCAUGGUGGCAGCCAUGAACCGACAGCAUGGUGUAGUGAAGGUUCUGCUCGAAGCUGGUGCUGACCCAAACACUGGAGAUCAUUUCAACAACGUCUACGACACCUCUCGGGAGAAAGGCAUCCACUCCCUGGAAGUUCUGGUGUCCAGAGAGGACGAGUUCAGCAGCAGGCUCAGCAGCAGGGCUGGUUUUCGUGGCUGCACGGCACUGCACUACGCCACACUGGCUGACGACCCACACACCGUCCGCAUGCUGCUGGAGGCUGGUGCCAACCCCCUGCAAACCAAUGGUUUGGAACACACAGCAAGGGCCUAUGCUAAGGAGGGAGACGUGGGUGCAGUGCUGCUGGAGUGGGAGGGAAAAUUCCAGGAGGCACAGGCUCGACGGGAGGCAGAGGAGAGGAGGAGGUUCCCCCUGGAGAGGAGGCUGAAGGAGUACAUCAUCGGACAGGAGGGGGCCAUCAAUAUUGUGGCCUCAGCAAUCAGGAGGAAGGAGAAUGGUUGGUACGACGAAGAGCAUCCCCUCGUGUUCCUCUUCCUCGGUUCAUCAGGAAUCGGUAAGACAGAGUUGGCCAAACAGGUGGCCCGCUACAUGCACAAGGACAUUAAAAAGGGUUUCAUCCGUAUGGACAUGUCCGAGUUCCAGGAAAAACAUGAGGUGGCAAAGUUCAUCGGCUCUCCGCCGGGGUACGUGGGACACGAGGAGGGAGGUCAGCUGACCAAGCUGCUGAAGGCCUGUCCCAACGCUGUGGUCCUGUUUGACGAGGUGGACAAGGCUCAUCCUGACGUUCUCACUAUCAUGCUGCAGCUCUUUGACGAGGGUCGCCUCACAGACGGUAAGGGGAAGACCAUCGAAUGUAAAGACGCCCUCUUCAUCAUGACGUCUAAUGUUGCGAGUGAUGAAAUUGCCGAGCAUGCACUGCAACUCCGUCACGAGGCUGAGGAGGUCACCCGCAGAAAGCUGGCUGACAAGCUUGAGGAUGUUCAGAAAAUUGAGGACAUCAAAAUAUCCCGACAGUUUAAAGAGUCUAUGAUUCGACCAAUCCUGAAGGCUCAUUUCCGGAGGGACGAGUUUCUCGGUCGGAUCAAUGAAAUUGUAUACUUCCUGCCAUUCUGUCACUCAGAGCUGCUGCAGCUGGUCGGCAAAGAGCUCAGCUUCUGGGCCAAGAAGGCCAAGCAGCGCCAUGACAUCACUCUGCAGUGGGAUCGCCCGGUACUGGACCUGUUAGCGGGCGGGUACAAUAUGCAUUAUGGAGCACGCUCCAUCAAGCAUGAGGUUGAGCGGCGGGUCGUCAACCAGUUAGCCGCGGCGUACGAGCAGGAGCUGCUGCCAAAGGGCUGCACACUGCGUCUGUCCGUCCAAUCAGACGGCGAGGAGGAGCAGAGCUCGCAGAGUCUGCGGCUCGAGGUGGUGGGAGCGGACAGCUCGUCCAGGACGCUGGACAUCCGUCCCCCGCUCAGCCCCGAACACUGACAAAGAGCUCACAACACACAGGAUCUACACAGAUAUGUAUCCACACAUGUACACUCACCACACAUAUCAUCGCCAUCUACACGAUGCAGUGUCAGGAUGGAAGAUUCAUGAUGGAUGUUACCAAUAAAAGUACCUCUGAUAAAUACAGCACCGAUGCCUCUGUUUCAGUCACACAUGCAGUAACCUCAUGCCAAUUUGUCCACAAGCUGCAGAACAGGAUCUGCAAACAGGAAAUACAACAAAUCCUCUGCUAAAGUUAGUGUAACAACAGGCCUUCAUAGCAGCUGAGAUUCAGACCCAUGCAGACAGUUGAUAUAGAACUUACGGCCGAGCCACUGGACGCUUUUCUUGCUUUUCAGUUGUUGCCCAUGAUAUCAGGUUUGAGUCUCGCCUAUUUUCUCCACGUGCCACACGCAGUUCAAUUAUCUUUCGCCACAGUUUCAAUGUCUUUCAGUCGAAUUGGACACAAACAUAACAAUGUGCUACACUUCCUUGUUCAAAGUAAAAGCACUCUAUCCGUUCAUUUGUUUUAACAAGUUGUCGAUUGUCGCAGCACGUACCUUUUGGUUUGAGGAUAUAACAGAAACCUCACGUAGCAGCUCCACAGUAGACACGCCCCCUGUGUGAACCACUGAGGAGCAGCAGAUCAGCGAGGCAGCCAUCACCCGCUGCCCCUGCUCCCGGUGUGACCCGGGUGUUCAGCACUGACUGGGAGAUGUAAACGUGUCACAGGUCAUUGUUGUAGCAUAGAAGCUUCAGUGUGUCUGUGCAGCCUCGUCUUCAUCACACGUAUCAUCAGUGGAUCGAUGCCAUCGUAUUAACUAAUAGGAGCUUUGUUGCAUUGUAUUCGUAGAGGAUCCACUCUUAGCUCGUGAAACGUUCACGCCCACUUUGUUGAGUAGAACACUAACACAGGUUAAACAAUAUUUAUUAAAGAUAUGAUAUAUUGUAUAUUUAAGUUGAGGCAAUGAAUAAGUUAUUUAUGGAGGAUCAACUAAUGGAGGUUCAGGGAUCUGUUAGGGCUUUUGCAUGCGUUUGCAGAGAUGAAGAAUGGAAAAAUGAAGAAAAGAAUAGAAACUGUAAAAGAAAGAAGUUAUUUAUUCCAUGACGCCAACAUUUAAAAAUAAAUAAGAAACAGCCAAUUUCUCCUGGGAAGGUAAAUGAAGCAUCAAUGACCAAAGACAGUUUGACUUUGCCUCUGUUUGUCACUUGAAUGCACAUCGUGCAUGUGGAGAAACACUCACCAGCAGUAUUACAUAUAAAUGUAUGUUUUAAAAAGAAAAAACCUGCUUAUUCAUUUUAGUAAAUAAUGUGUUAGUGGAGGAAAGAAACGUGUAUCAGUCACUUUGAGUUAUAGAUAAUAAAACCUCCUGGUGAAUAGUCUCUGUUGAUGCAUGUUAAAGUCAAGAAGCAUCGUCUGUCACGGCGGCACUGUGGUGCUGUACAGUGUGUCUCUUUGUGACAAUAAGAGAAAUUUAGAGUCGUAAAGAAACAAUAAUCAAAGUGUUGUAUCAUAAAUGUUUGAGCGGCAUGUCGACGAGGCGCCAAAUGUAAUCGAGCGACAUCCCUCAUUGUUGUUUCCACUGUGCAAAUAAAGUCGUCACAACAAAAAGGGGAA